UUCCAUAGCUUGAGAUAGAUUUAGGCAAUGGCACGAAGGAUGCCUGAUUGGUCGGAACUUCAAGAUGAUUUGCUUGCUUUCAUAGCUAGGCGUUUGAAUCUGAUUGAAGAUUACUCAAGUUUCCGAACUGUCUGCAAAUCCUGGCACUCUGCAGCUACUAAGAACAAUUUUAGCAGUGACCUACCUAGAGUUCCAUGGCUGAUGUUAGCUGAAGAGGAAGACAACACAGAUGGAAGUUCCUGUCGAAAGUUCUUCAGCCUCUAUAAUGGCAUGAUUUUGAAGAAGAAGAUCCCAAAAGCUAGCAGACAAAAAUGUAUGGAGUCUAUGGGUUGGCUUAUCACAAUCGGAGAAGAUGAGGGUGAAGUUAGUCUAUUACAUCCUUUCUCCGGUGUUCGGAUCGAAUUGCCCCAUCAAAAUACCACCGAAGAUUAUAGAAGACGCCAGACGGGCAACCUAUGUACUUUUUUUAAUAGAGCAGUUUUGUCAGCUAGUCCUUCACAUACAUCCGAUUACAUCCUCAUGGUCAUUGAUGGAGGCAAAGGUUAUAUCAGUUUUUGGAAACCAGGAGAUUUGAGAUGGAACAGGAUUAUCUUGGACCAAAGCAUUCACCCUGCUGCAAGUGGUCUUGAUGUGGUAUAUUUUAAUGGCUACUUUUAUGGCGUAGAUCGAUUGGGCCGCAUCAUAGUUUGUGAUGUUUCUGGCUCUCAAUCCAGUAGAAGUCAUAUGGUAGCUAAGAUACCAUUUGAUCUUCUUGAAGUUGCAGAACAAUUGUACAUCCUAGAAUCACUAGGAUCAUUAUUUGUAGUUUUGCGCAAUGGAGUCCAUCUAAGGUACUUCCGAGAUGAUUGCGACAGGAUUCCACUUACCUUCAUACGUUUUGAAGAUGAAGAUGGAGAGGAAGACCUAACAUAUGGAACAACAGAUUUUCGUGUUUUCCAGGUUGAUUUAGCUUCUGGCAAAGUGACAGAAACCAGGGAAUUAGGGGACAGAGCUUUUUUUGUGGGUUAUAAUGCUUCUCUUUCAGUCCAAGCUUCUAAAUUUCCAGGAAUCAAGCCCAAUCAUAUUUAUUUUACAGAUCAUUAUUUUGGAUCAUACCUAGCCUAUGAAGAAGGAGGAGGGUUUGACAUGGGGGUGUUCAACUUAGCAGAAGGAAGUAUCCAGCCGCAUUACAAGGGUGUUUCCCUGAGUCGUAUUAGUCCUCCAACUUGGGUCACACCAACUCUAUAUUGA